CGAAGCGCCCCCCUUGGCGGGUUGUCCCGGCCAGGAGGGGCGAGGGAGGGUCGGGCAGCCGCUCUCCGCCGACGGAGCCGAAGGGACGGCGGGGAAAGGCAGGAGGGCGGGGCUUGAGCGCCUCCUCCGGCCCCGUGGUUUCGGCAGAGAGCGGGCCUCGCCCUGGGGUGGGCGGGGAGGCGGCUGCCAUGGCGACGGGCGUAAAUCGCUUCAGGUGCUCGGGAAACCUCGGCGUCCGAACAGGCAGGUUUCGCCUCGGGAGGGGCCUCGAUCUUCCUCAUCAAGUGGCCGCCCCAAGGCUUGAUUUGGAUCCUCCGACUGGAUCCGGAAAGUUGGUCGGAGGCUGCUUUGCAGGCGAUACCUUCAUCGCCUGGCCCGGCAGAUUUGCAUUCUUUCCAUUAAGGAACAUCCACAAUGAGUGACAAAAAAGACACUAGUGAAUCUUCAGAUACUGGAGGUCCCACAGAUGGUGGGGACUACGAAGAUGAUUUUGAAAAAGAUCUUGAAUGGCUAAUUAAUGAAGAAGAAAAACAAAUCUCUAAUGAUAUACAGAAUCAUGAUGAAAAUGAAGGUGUUGACAAAGACUUAGAAUGUAUAGAAGAUAGAAUAAAUUCUCCACAAGAAUAUUUUGAAGGUGAUGAAGUGGGAGAACAUCCUUCACAAGAGCCUCCUGAGCCUGAGGAAGUUCUGGAUGAGAAGUCACAAAAUGAAAUUUAUUCAAUACUUGAACUUGAUCCUAAGCAGUUGGAGCAAACAUCUGAUUCUGACAGUGAAGGUUCUUGUCAGGAAUCAAAGCUAGAAGACCAGGAGGAUGAUGAUGAAGAUAUAAAGCGGUACAUCUUAGAAAAAAUUGAGGAAGCCAACAAACUACUUCUAUCUCAGGAACCUUUAGAUGAAACGAAAGAAAGGAAACUAAAGUUCAAGGAUGAUCUAGUAGAUCUUGAAAUCCCCUCUUUGAAAGCUUUAGAAACUGAAAAAAAUGAUUCCCACAGGAACAUUUCAGGCAGACUGUCUCAAUUGCACAUUUGUAAUGGAGCAGGAAGGGAGGAUAUUUCUCUUUCUAUUAAUGGUGCUACAGAUGAUGAGCACAAGGAUGGCAAGAUUCUAGUAGAAAGAGAUGGGAAAUUUGAACUCCUCAGUAUCCAUGACAUUGAGAGCCAAGGCUUCUUUCCUCCACUAAGUGUUUCUUUUAGUGACAUUGAAGCUCAACACAUUUCUCCUAAAACCUCCUACAGUACUGCUUUUAGCCCUGUCUGUAUAACAAAGGAAGACUCCUUAGGACAAACAUCUGUGACCAGAGAAGGCUGCAUUCGUGUCCCUCAACCACCACCCAUUCGGCCAUGCUCAGCAAUCAACAUUACAAGAAACACAGAAAGGGGGAAAAGUCCACGAAGGGUGCAGUCAGCAAAUGUGAGUCUCGGUGCAAGAAGCUCUACAUACUGCCUGUCACCCAGGCAAAAAGAACUGCAAAAGCAAAUGGAACAAAGAAAAGAGAAAUUAAAGAAAGAGGAAGAAAUUCGGAAAAGAAUACAGGAGGAGGAGAAAAGGAGAGAGAAUGACAUGGUCUUCAGAGCUUGGCUGCAGAAGAAAAAAGGGCAGCUGCAGGAAGAGAGGCGAAUUCAGAGGGCAAAACAGCUGGAAGACUUGAAUAGCAGACAGGAAAGCAGAAAUCCAGAAGCAGCUUACAAGUCGUGGCUUAGAAAAAAGCAGAUAGAACACAUGAAAGAAAAACAGAUACAGAACCUGAAAGAGCAGGAAGAAUGCAUGUUUUUCCUCCCAAGAACAGCGGAAAGUGACAACGCUUAUAAACAAUGGCUAAAAAGGAAGAGACGGGAGAGGCGAGAAGAGCAAAUGGCUGCCAAAGAGCGAGCAAGGCAGCUUAGGCAGGAAGCCAGAAGAGCAAAACAAAUAGAGAAUAUUCUCUGUUCAAUUUCUGAACCAAAAUCUCUUCGCUUCACGGACCAGUACAGCUGAGAUUUAGAGUCACCGGAUGCCUCCAGUAUGACUCUCACAGUACCUUGUAUAGCUUGCUCCUGAAAGCAGCUUCUUCUGGGAUGUUUCAUAGUCCUUCAAUAACGGCUUAAUUUUCUCAAUCUUACUAAUCUCUCCCCCUCUUAAACUUGGAAUAAGUCUCUAUUUGUGAAUGGGUUGGGGUGGUGUUCUUAGUUCUACAAAGCAAAAAACAGAAUAAAUGCCCAUAUGGCAAUUGUGGUGUAAA